AGCAGAAAUGGAGGACUCCGAACAAAAAGACCAAAAAGAACAGAAAGAUAGACCUCCUCUGAAGCGACCCUUCAGAAAAUUUGUCUUAAAGAAAAAGAAACAGGAAAAGGAAAAAGAGAAAGAAGAAGAUAAAAGCGAUACUACUGAAGUUCCAGUCCAGAAAGUCUUCAUAUGCCCCAACUGAGCUAAGAAUUAUCUCAAGCGAGAGAAAGAAACUAAAAUAUGCACUGAUAUGGCUUCAAAGAUCCAUAAUCGAAUCAAAAAAUACCCAUUAGACCAAAAGCAAGAGACUGAGUUUGUCCAAAGAGGUAUUUUGAUCGACAACGAGGUCUCUCUAAAGGAUUGGUGCCGACUUUGCCUGAUGGAGAUCCAAGAAGAGCUUGAUUAUAGACAGCUUGAAUUAAAUUAUUACAAAUUAUAUGAGGAUAAUAACUACAUUGUGACUAAGAAAGACAAACUAAUCACUGAUGAGAAUGAAGCUUACUACACAAAUAAAGCUAAGAACAGAGUAUACAUGCGUCCUAUAAAAGUUGAGAAAUAUAUCAGGUGGAAAUUCUUGAUCUACAUUGAUAAUCUUCAAGGCGUCCCGAAGAGCUUCCUUGAUCCUAAUGCUGUUCACUUUCUUCACCUAAAAUAUUGAAAUCGAAGAGUCAUUUUUAAAUUGGAUACCGCAAUGAACUCCAAACAUUUGUCUAAGAGAGCUGGAAGAGGGUCGAAGCAGAGCAAACAGAAAUCACCUCGAACUCCUUCAGAUGUAUCAAAUCUUCUGGCUAAGACAUUGCUUGUGUCAAAAUUAAAAAUUGAUAACUUCUUCAGCAACAAUCUAUCAAUCGAAACUUUGCUACAAUAAAAAUGUCAUUUGAGUUCAGGCUAACGACCCAUAAGAUGAACCAUACUAUUGCAACAGCUAGGAACUUUCUUCUUAACAGCUUUCAAGAAUUUGGGAAGAUCAAGCGUAAUAUGUCUUUCAUUUACAACAGAAAUGUUAUGCUUCAAUGGACAGAAGAAAAAGACAUCAAUUUGAGUAUAAGAGUUGGCCUAAUGGCAAUGGGAGACUUUGAGUACC